AUGGAAGCAACGGCUCAGGCAUUUGUAUUUUUCCUUGCCGGAUUCCAAAAUACAUCGUCGACUGUUAGUUUCAGUCUUUAUGAACUCGCUGUAAAUCCUGAUAUACAGGAAAAUUUAUACAAUGAAAUUGAUGAAUUUUUGCAAUCAUCCGAGACAUUUAAUUUCGAUAAUUUAAUGAAAUUGAAAUACCUCGAUAUGGUGCUGAAUGAAACUCUGCGAAAACACGCGUUAUUAUCUAUCUUGAAUAGAAUUUGCGUAAAGGACUAUCAAAUACCAAAUUCC